AUGGAAUCCAGCAAUGAAGAAACUAUACAACAAUACACACCAAAGUUUUGGUUAAGGGAUGAUGGUAUUGGAGACAGCAGUAUUAGCAAUACAGAUAAUAAUGGUUUUAUUUCAAAUACAAAUAUUUAUACAAUUUUAAAGAAAUAUCAAGUAAUUUUUAAAGAGAUUACAAAUUUAGUUUCGACAUGGGAAUAUACAGAAGCAAAUAUAUCAGUAGUUUUUGAAAAUGUUUUAUCAUUUUUAGAAAGAUUGAAUUUAUUAAAUGUAUCACCAUUAUCUAGCAACAAUAACAAUGAAUCAUCAAAUGAUUUAUCAAUAAAAAAUGAUUAUUUUAAUGUAUUUAAUAAUAGUAACAGAGGCAAUAAUAAUAAUAAUAAUAAUAAUAAUAAUAAUAAUAAUAAUAAUAAUAAUAAUAAUAAUAAUAAUAAUGAUAAUAAUAAUAAUAAUAAUAAUAAUAAUAAUAAUAAUAGUAAUAAAAAUAGCGAGUUGAUCGAAAUGGAACUAAAAUUAAAAAUAAUAAAUAAGUUAGAAGAAUCAAUGUCCUCAAUAUGUAAAUAUCAAAAUGAAUUUAAAUCAGUAGUCGAUAGUUGUUUAAGAUUUAGAACCGAAAUCGAUCAAUAUUGGAAUUCAAAUGUUUUUCCCAAUGUAAUAAAUAAUAGUUAUAAUAAUAGUAAUAAUAAUAAUGUAGAUAAAAAUUUAUACUCCAAAAUCAAUGAAUUAAAUCUUGGUAGUUUUAAUAAUACAUCAGUAGCUCAAAUAGAUCAAUGGUUGCAUUAUAUUGUAAAUAGUUUUAAAAUGGAAUUCCAAAGAAAGAGUAUAAUUUUAAAAGAUUUAGAAUAUACAAAACCCCGUGACCAAAUCUCUUUAAUUUUCAAAAACUAUAAUGACAACUCGACCAUUUCACUUAAUAACAUUAAAGAAAUUAUACCCAAGGUUGUUGGUGUUAUUAAAGAUCCAAAAUAG